AUGUCGCCCGACGACGCAAAGUCUGCGGCCGACGGCACAUCGGUCCCCGAGAACGGAACCGCGCCGAAGUUAUCGCGCAAGCCGUCACAGAAGCUGCCACGGGGCCCGCCGCCACUGUUCGACCAUCUCCCCGAUGCCACCGCGGACGCCUGCGAUACUUUCCAGGUGAUCAACGACUGCCUCUAUGGCUCUAAGAACAUGGGUUCGUCGGACCACGACGCGCUGGACUGUGACUGCGCUGAAGAAUGGCAUGACGGCCAGAACCAUGCUUGCGGCGAAGAUUCAGACUGCAUCAAUCGGGCGACGAAAAUUGAGUGUGUCAGCGGGGACUGCAAUUGCGGAGAGGGCUGCGAGAACCAGCGGUUCCAGCGCAAGCAAUAUGCCAACGUCUCGGUCAUUAAGACGGAGAAGAAAGGGUUCGGGCUACGGACAGAUGCUGACUUGCAGGCCAACGACUUUGUGUUUGAGUAUGUGGGCGAAGUCAUCAACGAGCCGACUUUCCGCAACCGGACGGUAAAGUACGACAAGGAGGGCAUCAAGCACUUCUAUUUCAUGUCGCUGACCAAGAGCGAGUUUGUUGAUGCCACCAAGAAGGGGAACCUGGGCAGGUUUUGCAACCACUCUUGCAACCCGAACUGCUACGUGGACAAAUGGGUGGUUGGUGACAAGUUGCGCAUGGGCAUUUUUGCCACCCGCGCCAUUCGCGCUGGUGAGGAGUUGGUCUUCAACUACAACGUCGACCGGUACGGUGCCGACCCGCAACCCUGCUAUUGCGGGGAAUCCAAUUGUGUCGGCUUCAUUGGCGGCAAGACCCAGACAGAACGGGCGACGAAACUGCCACUUGCGACGAUUGAGGCGCUCGGCAUCGACGAUGGCGACAGUUGGGAUACGGCGGUUGCCAAGAAGCCCCGCAAGAAGAAGGCCCACGAGGACGAUGAGGAUUAUGUCAACAGCGUGCAACCCCGCGCACUGGACGAGGACGGCGUCAACAAGGUCAUGGCAACACUCAUGCAGUGCAAGGAGAAGUGGAUUGCCGUCAAAUUGCUUUCCCGACUUCAGGCCACCGAGGAUGAGCAUCUCCGCCAUAGAGUUGUGAGGAUGCACGGUUACCAGAUUUUGAAGACCACGCUCAACACCUUCAAGGAUGACACCAACGUCGUCUUGCAAAUCCUCGACAUUUUGUACCAGCUUCCGAGGAUCACGAAGAACAAGAUCUCGGAUUCCAAGGUCGAGGGGGCAGUGGAGCCACUGGCCUCGGCAGCGCACGAAGAGGUCGCCCUCGCUGCGAAACGAUUGCUUGACGAAUGGAGUAAAUUGGAGACGGCCUACCGGAUCCCGCGCAAGAAACACGACCACGCAGGGCCAAUCCCCGGCAACUCGUUUGAGGAGGAGCGGCGCAACAAGGACCGCGAGGAGCCGGCAAAGCCCACAGACCCCUUCGCCAACAUCGUGAUCCCGACGGGACCCCGCAGUACCAUCCCGCAGCGGAACGCCAAUUUCUUCGCCGGCCAACAGCGGCCCCGGAAACCGCCAACUAAUCUGCCGGCUGGCUGGUUCGUCAACACCGACAAGACCGGCCGCUAUUACUUUUACGAUGCCACCGGCAGGACGCAGUGGCAGCGUCCCCUCACCCCCGCCAUCGAAACUCCGAAGGUGUCGGCCAAAGCGCAGCAGGACCAAAAGGCCCUGCAGAGCAUUAUUGAUAGUUUAACUAAGGAGCCGACACCGCGGCACUCGGCAGGCCACACCCCACAGCGAUCUACCACGCCGGCGACCGAGCCCAAGAAGGACAAAUGGCGUUCCCUGCCUCUCGAGAAGCAGAUGAAGAUCUACGAGAAUACUCAUGUGGUGGACAGGUUCCACGGCAAACUGCCCAAGGAAGAGCUGAAGAAGUUCGCCCGGGAGGUCAACAAGAAGCUUGUCUCGUCGGAUUACAAGAACAACCGGGUGGAGGACCCGACAUCCAUCCCACCCAAACAGGCGAAGAAGGUCCGGAAGUAUGCCCACGACUUUUUCGACCGCGCCGUAGCCAAGUACACCGAGCACGAGAAGAAGAAGGCCCAUAACCCAAGCAAGCCGACCUCGGGUGUCCCCCCGGGCGACGUCGCGAGCUCGGCCGCCACCCCGGCCAAGGACGACGUAACAAUGUCCGACGUGGAAGCUGACACCAGCCCGGGCAGUUCCGCAGGCCGCAAACGCAAACGCGACGGCGACGAUGAGCACGACGAUCCGGCCGAGUCCCCCGGAGCGCCCCCAUCCGAGACACCAUCGGUCAAGCGCAUCAAGGAGGACGACGCUGAAGGCGAAGGCGAACCAACUACAAUCCCGCCCCCGCCGACUCCACCGCCUCCGCCCGCGGACACCCCGCCGACCGAAGAGGACCGCUCGAUGCGCGAGCAGGAGGAGGCGCUCAUGCGAGAGAACGAGGAGGCCCAGCGGCUGGAGGACGAGGCGCAGGCCGAAGAGGGCGGCAAAGGUUCACACGAAUGGAACGGUCGCUACCACCGUACCUGCGCCGCCGGCGAGCGGGCGGUCGAGUGGCGAGUUGGAAAUGGGUGGUGCUAUGGAGAUGAUGGACACGGACGAGCCGCCGCAACAACAGCAGCAGCAGCAGCAACGGCAGCAGCAGGCAGUGCUGGGUCACUAAAAACAACCCUCGCUUGCUUUGCUUUUGCUCCAUGCUAG